AUGGGCUUGAUGUCCCCGUGCUGUGCAGGACAUGAGGACAGUGUCCCAAUGGCACUCUGGAUGUCACCAUCAGUAUGGGCAGAAUGGUUUAUGAGUGAUCAAACAGACCCACACCCAGUGACCCUCCUGGCCACAUUUGAAGUGGGGAUCUGGAGGUUCUUGGACUUUGUGAGGCCAGGGAAAAGUUGCUAUGGUCAGUCAAAAAGCCUUUGCUGGGCUCCGGGCGCGCGGAGCAAUGCGGGCUGGACAAACACGGAUUCUCCAGAGAAGGAGGCGGCGAGAGACAACGCAGAGUUGUUCGACUGCCAGGUGCAGCUGGGGUCCCCGAGAGAGGAGGAGAACAGGGAGCUUGUGGCUGAGGCGGAGGCCAUGGCUGCGGGCUGGAUGCUCGACUUCCUCUGCCUGUCUCUGUGCCGAGCCUUUCCCGACGGCCGCUGCGAGGACUUUCGCCGGACUCGUGACAGCACCGAGGCUGUUAUUCAUGGACUGCCCAGUCUUACAGCUUACCAGUUGAAAACUGUAUAUAUAUGUCAGUUUUUGACAAGAGUUGCAGCAGGAAAGUCUCUUGAUGCACAGUUUGAAGUUGAUAAGAGGAUUACACCCUUGGAAUCAGCCCUGAUGAUUUGGGACUCAACUGAAAAAGAACAUGACAGACUUCAUGAAGAAAUACAGAAUUUAAUUAAAAUUCAGGCUGUAGCUGUUUGUAUGGAAAUGGGCAGCUUUAAGGAAGCAGAAGACGUGUUUGAAAGAAUAUUUGGUGAUCCAGAAUUUUACACGCCAUUAGAAAGAAAAUUACUUAAGAUCAUCUCUCAAAAAGACGUGUUCCACGCCCUUUUUCAACACUUCAGCUAUAACUGCAUGAUGGAGAAAAUUCAGAGUUAUGUGGAAUGUGUGUUACCUGAGAAGUCAUCAACUUUCCUAAUGAAGGCAGCAACAAAAGUAGUGGAAAAUGAAAAAGCAAGGACACUAGCUUCAGAGGAUAAACCAAAUGCCACCAACACUGGAACAGAAACGGAAGUUAGCUUGAAUAAAGGAAAAAGUGUUAAUGGCCAACAGUCUACAGAAUCUGAAUCCUUGGUGGAAACAGUAUCCUCGGUAAGGUCUCACAAGAAUGCCUUAUCUCAGUUGAAACACAGAUGUCUUCAACCAGAUUUCAAUAGGAAUGAAGCAAGAACAGGAACUCUUCAGUGUGUAGUAACGACAGAACGAAACAGAAGAACCAGUGGAGGGAAUAGAUUAUGUAUUUCAAAGAAUCAGCCAGACACUAAUGAAAAACAUGGGCACAGGAAAAAACAGACAUGGCUUUGGGAAGAAGACAGAAGUUUGAAGUGUGGUGUAAGGAAAUAUGGAGAGGGAAAUCGGGCUAAAAUACUAUCCCAUUAUAAGUUCAACAACCGAACAAGUGUCAUUAAAGAUAGAUGGAGAACGACGAGGAGACUAAGACUCAUUAGCUGAGACUCCGAAGGCUGGCUGGGUUGGUUUCAGCUCACUACAGGACAGUUAAAUACUGGAUCACUGUGUUGUUUAAAACUUCUUGGUCAGUAAAGAUGAAGCAUUAUUGUAUGUGUGUGAGAGAG